AUGGCGUUAUUGUUUCAUCAAUUGCGAUUGCCGGCGUUUCUGCACACGCAGAUUGCGUCGAUUUUGGAGGGUUCGGCGCGAGUUGACUUGGUCCAGCGCGUGGAGCAGGACCUGCGGCGAGACGUGGUGCAGUUGGUGAGUCUGGGCCGGCAGUGGACGCGGCAUCUGGGCAAGCACUUGCUGAGCAAGAUCCACCGCGUGCACUUCGGGCUGCUGCCGGACGCAGGUGCGGCGGUGUCUUUCGCGGCUGCUCGUGAGUAUCUGGCUGUGCCCUUUGUGGGAAAGGACACGCCCAGCGACAACAGCGAGUUCGCUAAUGUCGACUGUCUCAUCGGCUUCACCAUCGUCAGCUACCGCCUCAGCGGCAUGCGCCCGCUCGACGUCGACCUCUGCCUCCUCAACCUCCAGGCACAACUUAAACUCGAACAGACGCGUCAGGGCCCGCGCGGCCCCGACGACGACGUCCUCCCCGCCAUGCUCACCUAUGUCCAGCGCGGAGAACGCGGGCACGGAGAAGACCGGAGAGGCGGAGAAGACCGGAGAGGCGGAGAAGACCGGGGGGCGGAGAAGACCGGGGGGGCGGAGAAGACCUGGGGGGCGGAGAAGACCGGGGGGGCGGAGAAGACCGGGGGGGCGGAGACCGAGCGCCAAGAGGAGUGGUACGAGGAGAUUGUGAGUGUGCUGCCGCUGGAUGUGAUUGACCCGGCGGACGCGUCGCAUGUGGCGCCGAUUCGGGCGUUGAUAAAGUUCUCCCCGGCGGCGUGUUGUUACUUUUUGAGUCAGAUUGUGUUUCCGGGUACCUUGAGGACUGCGCCGCAUCAAUUGGUGGCGAGUGGACACCAUCUGGCGUCGAACACGAUAUUCGGUGCGAAGAUCGGUUUUUCGGGUACGCCGAAUAGUUUGUUGCCCCCGGAGUUGGGUGCAUGCCAGUUCGAGGCAGGUGCGGAUGGACAGAUGUUCUCUAUGUUGCUGUCGCCAACGGUUUCAGAUGUGGAAGUGUUGCCGGAUGCGUGGUCGCCGGCGGAGAUUUUGCGUCGUUGCGGACAGGGUCGGGUUCACGCCUUGAUUGACGUGGGAGCGUUGGUGACAGGUUAUAGCAAUGCGGAGGCUGCGGAGGUGUUGCUGGGUACGUUACCGUCUCGUUUUGUGGGUGUGUGUUUCUUUGGGCGCGGCGAUGAGCGUACAUUGUUAUUGCGGCAAAGCUCGGCCGGUGGUCGUGCGACCGUGUCUAUUGAGUCGACUGACAUUACGCCUAAUCGGCGGUUUACGUUUUAUGACCAGACGCACGCGGUUGGUCAGGAUGUGCAUCAGGACCCGAUGGCGGUUGCGUAUUUGACGGUGGGCAAGGACAGCCAAUUCCGGGACGUGGCGCAGGGUGCUUGGAGGCUCCGGCAGUUGGGUCGCGGACAGAAGGUGGUGUUGCUUGUCCCCCCGCAGAUAAUGCGGCGUGCGGAGAAGAAACGUUUGCUCUGGGCAGGUGCUGGCUCGCCGUUGCAGAAGGUUGUGAAUUGGACGUUACACAAUUCGGUCGCGCACUUUCGCGCACUCAAAAUGCUCAGCGCCAAACAGAGUGCCGAACAUCUCGUGGGCAGCCUCUUCGUGACACCAUUGUUGCACGCGCGCUGCAGCGAAUUGCUACAGGGCCCGCCAAGGGGACUGGAGAGCAUCAUCGGCCGUCUACUGGUGGAGGGCAACCGCAACGAGAUUGCGGCCUCUCUCGUGCCGCAACACCUCACGUGGCUGGCGAGUUCGCGCAUGGUCGUGCACAACGGACGCGCGCUCAUGGACUGCCCCUUCGUGCGCAGCAACAACGCUCACGCCGGGCGCAAAUGGGAACUGAUCGAGCGUGAAAUCGCCGUGCUCGAAGCGCGCUCCGCCGCCUUCAAUGAGAGGCGCCGGGCGCCGACGAGUACGGAGGGGGCGAGUACGGAGGGCGCGGGUGAGAAGGUGUUUGCGGAGGCGCUGGAGUACUUCGACGACGACGAGAGCAGCGACCUGACGGACGAGGACGCGGAGUUCGUGGAGUUGGAGGCGGAGGUGGAGGCGGAGGCGGAGGAGGAGCUGGAGGAGGAGGAGGAGCAGGAAGAGGAGAUUGAGCAGGAGGAGGAGCACCAGGUGGUGAACGCAGACAGCCGGCUGCAGACGAACGUGCGCUACAGCAGGCUGAAGGAGGAAGACUUCCGCUGGGACCUGCGGACGCUGAGUCGCUGGGUCGCGGUGCAGGUCGCGGACCCGCGGAGUGCGGCGCCGGCGUUUCUACAGGCGCGGGCGGCGUUCCGGCCGUUGUCGGAAUGCGGUGUGUUUCUUAAGGCGGGUGGAGUGCUGAAGUUGGGCUUUCCGGAGGGUAUGUGGUGUACGCGGAACUUCCACGCAUUGGAGGCGGACGCGAGUACGCGACGGUUGCGGUCGGCGCUUUUCUUCCUGGAGGUGGGUUUCCGGCCGGCGGAGGCAGUGGCCGGAGAGGCUGGAGGGCAGGAGGCUGCCCGGAGGUUGGAGGAGAAGAACAAUCAACACAUGGUUGCCGUCCAGUUGCUCUUCCUGCACCUGAAGGAGUCGCAGGCCUCGCAGACGGUGAGCGAGCAGUCCGUGUGGUCGCUCAUGUACCUCCUGGGCAUCACCGAUGACUGCAAUGGUCCGCGUCUCACGGACGACAGUUGUGAAAGCCAGCUGUACCUCAACUGUAUUCAGAAGGUUGCUCGCGCCCACCACACCGGUCAGCCCAAACGAUGGACGGCCGCGGAGCUCGUCAACUUCCUCUUUGCCGAGUUCAGCAUUAACGAACUCCUCGGCGGCAAGGCCGUCGACCAACUGCCCCAGUCCUCCGUCUUCGGCGUCAACCGGAAACACCUCGUCCUGCUCCUCAGCAUCAGAGAAGCUGAAAUAAUCAGAGCAACCCUCCACAAGGCCAGCCACUCCCCGCAAAUCAUGGAGAAACUCUACGGAUUCAGGCUGUGCCUCCGCUCUACCAUCGAUCAGAACCGCGUCCUGGACGUGCCUAACAUGGCCCUAACUGACGACAAACUCAGUCUACAACGAGCAAUUUAUUUCAACGCCAUAAGACUGCUCAAUGGCCAAAUCAAUUUCAAGGGGCGGGAGUUGCCCCUGAUUCAGCAAUUUACCAAGACUGCAGACGAGGGUGUGUUGGUUGCGUGGUUGCAAGAGAACGGGGCGCGGAGGCGACGCGUGGCGUUGGCGGAAAGUGCGUUGUCAGUGUUUAAGCGGCCGGAAGGUGGAGUCCUGGCGCGUCGGCCGGGGGUCACCCCUCAGGACAGCGGCCGUGCAGGCAUUGCAGUGGUGGCUAAAUUGCUACGGGCCGUGGCGCAGAACCGGAUGUUGUCGGCGCAGGGCGUGCUGCGCGAGUUGAGGACGCUGCAGAACCGCGCCACGGCCAGUCUCACACGGCGGUCGGCUGUCGAUGGCGAGGAUGAGGACCCUGCUUCCCCCACCGUCACCAUCGGCACCCUCAUGGUAUGGAUGAAGCUCAACGGCGUCGAAUACAUCGACACCACCGACAUCCAGGGCAUCGCCAUCGCUUUGAAUACUCACUUCAACGGCACCUGUGUGCACGAAGCUGGCCUCGGCAAAUUGCUGAACUGA